CAUACAUAACCUCAACGGCACUCAAGUCAAAAGCUCCAGGAAGAAUGUAAUUAAUGAUUUAUUAUUAAUUUCAAUGAUUCAAUUUUUACAUUCAUAGACGUUACUCAGUAAACCUUUUCAAAUGGAACUUUAAACUAUGCCCAGACGUCAUAACGAUGAGUUUAUUACAGUUAGUUGCAAUUCUUAUUCUUGGAGUAGUAGAAACCAAAGAUGUUGGUACUUUUGAGGUUGAUUGCAGUAAACUGAGAAUGGGCCAAUUUAUUUGCCCUCAUCCUGAGGUUAUUGACACAUACAUCGAUCCAAAAACUCAACAACCGAGAGGUUGCACCCCUCAAAAUACAGCUGAAGUUUUGUGCAAAGCAGCUGAAGGGCUUAUUUGUACCAAGUCGGGUAACAACACAUUUACAAGAGAAAUACCAUGUCGCUGGACAAAUGGCUACCACUUUGAAACUGCAAUGCUUCUUUCCAUUUUCCUCGGAAUGUUUGGAGCCGACAGAUUCUACCUCGGUUACCCUGCACUCGGAUUACUCAAGUUCUGCACCAUGGGAUUUAUGUUUCUCGGCCAACUCGUUGAUAUUAUAUUGAUAGCUACCCAAGUAGUCGGACCAGCUGAUGGCUCUUACUAUAUCAUUCCCUAUUAUGGAGCUGGAAUCCAAAUGGUGAGGAGUGAUAACUGGACUUACAGAGUGCCUCAAGACGAUUGGUGACUUGGUAACCAAUAAUGUCUGCCAAAUAAUGUUCUAACCAAAAAUUAGAAGUCUUUGGUAAGCAUACAAAGCUACAAAAAUAUUUGUGUAGGACAAAAGGGUUUUCAUUUAAAACUAAGUUAACACAAGACUACAAAUACUAAAACUAAAAAAAGGCAUUUGAAUAUUUUUUUGCAGGCCUUAUGCACUUGAAGAAUGUGAGAAAUAGCGGAAAACUAUUGAAAAAUGGCUAUAAAAUUAAGAAACUGAUCAAUUUUGUACGUUUCUUUAAUUUUUUGCUUGGCUACCUCUUUUUCAAUUUUUUCACAUUUCUUGUAAGUGUUUUCUUUACCACUGGCAUUUUUUAAAGUUUUUUGUAAGGGAACGGUCCAGAACCUAAUUUUAUUACCGUGCAGAACAUUGUUUGGUGGAUCCAUCCAAUCCGAUUAAGAGAACAUGGAAGGCUCAGAACUACAUGUCAGAAGUAUAUAAUUCUGUGAUAUUAAGGACAUAGUGUAAAUAA